AUGACGGAAAAUCAAAAAAUCUUUAAAAUGUUUGAAGAAUAUAAUUUUGAGUCAGAUGAUAAUUUUCAGACAGGUUUACCAACAAUUGUUGAAUUAAAUAAGGAUAAACCAAAGAAAGAAGUUGAUUCUAUUAUAGAGAAGGCAAAAUGGUUUUAUUUUUGCAAGUAA